UUUUAAACGGGAAGCUGGGCUUUUCACGUGCAUGUGUUCGAAGAUGGGGUUUUUGUAGUUUCUACAGCAUGCAUGUAGUCAUAAAAAAGUGACACAAUGUUAAAUGUAUCAGCGAAUGGAUGGUGUAACGGGAAUAAUAUUAUUAUUUCCUAAAAUAUUACCUAAUGAAUAUCCUCCUUAGUGAAACAGCAGAAGUCUACCAUGACGCUUGCCGGCUGCUGGAGGAUUGCCCUUUUUAAAAAUGUCUUAAGGCCACGAGUGUACCUCAGGUGUCCCGUCGGCUUUGGUCAGUCUUGCCCUGUUAGAUCUCUGUGCAGCAGUCCUGUCCCUGGCUUGGAGGACACGAUCUUCGCCUUGUCUUCUGGAAGAGGCCGGUGUGGAGUAGCCGUGGUGCGUGUUAGUGGACCAGAUGCAGCCGGAGCUCUGCGCGCUCUGUCCGGCCCGAAGCGCGCACUGACCCCCCGCACUGCGCACCUCCGCAACAUCACACACCCCAAAUCUAACGAGCUGCUGGACCGCGGCCUUGUCCUGUGGUUCCCAGGCCCUCACAGUUUCACUGGAGAGGACAGUGCUGAAUUUCACAUACAUGGAGGACCUGCUGUCAUUAAUGGUGUUUUACAAGCCCUUGGUAGUCUGCCUGGACUGCGGCCUGCCGAGGCGGGUGAAUUUACCCGGCGUGCGUUUCAUGCUGGAAAGUUGGAUUUGACCGAAGUAGAGGGGUUGGGGGAUUUGAUCCAUGCAGAGACUGAAGCUCAGAGGAGACAAGCUCUCAGGCAGAUGUCAGGGGACCUCGGUCGCAUCUACAAUGACUGGAGUCAACAACUUAAGCGUUGUUUAGCGCACAUGGAGGCUUUCAUUGACUUCAGUGAGGGUGAACUCAUAGAGGAUCGAGUCUUAAACCAAGUGGACAGGGCAGUAUCCAAGCUGCAAGCUGAAAUACAGAGGCAUGUGUGUGAUGAGCGGCGAGGCGAGCGACUGCGCAGUGGUGUACAGGUGGUCAUAGCAGGGUCCACCAAUGCGGGCAAGAGCAGCCUUUUCAAUCUACUGUGCCAGCGUCCUGCAGCGAUUGUGUCUCCUGUACCAGGGACCACCAGAGACGUUGUGGAGACGCCUCUGGACAUCGGAGGAUUUCCGGUCCUGUUGAGUGACACUGCAGGGUUGAGAGAGACUGAUGACAGUGUAGAGCAAGAGGGGGUCCAGCGUGCCCUUAAAAGGGUGGAAAUGGCAGAUCUGACACUGGUGGUUGUCGACUCAACCCAGCUUCCUCAGGAGCCUCAGAUGGUGCCAGGUUUCCUGAAUGACUACCUCAACAAUGUGCUGCCAAAAAAGCCGGAGCAGGAUCACGUGCCUCAGUGCCUCCUGAUCCUUAACAAAAGUGAUCUACUGCCUAACAAACGCAUUAGCAUCACCCAGAGCGUCCUCAGUGACACGUUCAGUGAGGCUUCAGUCAGUAUUCUGUCAUGCAGUACCAGAGAAGGACUGACUGAUUUCUUGAAACUCUUGCAGGAGAGAGUUAAGACAUUGUGUGCAGAUCCGCUGGUCGGCAGCCCAAGUCUAACCCAGACUCGCCAUCGGACUAACCUGCAGAAGAGCAUUGAGGCCUUGAGUCAGUAUCAUAAGUACAGAGACGUGGACCUGGCGCUGGCAGCAGAGGGACUGCGCUUAGGUCUUAGCUGUUUAGGUAGAAUCACUGGCAAGGUCGGCACUGAAGAGAUCCUUGAUGUGAUUUUUAGAGAUUUUUGCAUUGGGAAAUAAAUUCUACCCAGAUCACAGUUUUUAUGAAUGUUAAUGUGACCAUUUGAACCACUUUAAACACAGCAAAUGCUGCUAUGUGAUUCAGGUUUCUUAAAGCAGGUGUAAUGGGGAAAUGUGGUGAAAUUUGUUUUUUAAAAGAUGAAUCCAGUCUCUCUCUCUCUUUCUUUUUUUUUUUUUUUAAGAUUCACUGGUAAAAGAAGCAAAUGAUAUAAAUUCAAAGGUAAUUCCAAAAUAAUCAGUGUUUGAACAGAAUUUGUAUUAAUUAGAGAAGGGGAACAUAUUGAACAUAUUUUAUGCUGCUGUCAAUAAUGUUGAAAUAUAUUUGGUUGCAAAGCAUCUAAGAAAUAUGGAUGCUAAGCUAAUGAUUUAGGUAGCUAACACAAGUUUCAUCUGAACAAUGUCAAUGCAGAAUAUCACUGUAAAUUAGACAAAAACAGUUAUCAACAUUUACCUCAAAUGUGCUGGAAAAUUACUAAUACAAGUCUCCAUAUGACCAAAACUACGGUUAUUGUUAUUAGAGUACAAAUCCAACUCUGUCACAACUUAUGAAGUAGAGGUUGUUUAAAAAAUGUAGACAUUUGAAGAGGUGAAUGUCAUAAGAGCAGGCCAUAAUAAAUUAAACAUGAAAAAUAAAAUAAGCAUGAUAAACAUACAUUGAUCAACCAAAAUAUUAAAACCACUGACAAUGUAUAGCAUUAUUUUUGUUUGAAAGGCACGUGCAGGAUAUAUUACCGCUCAGGUGAACAGUCAGUUCAUGAAGUUAGAAAAAUGGACAAAUGUAAGGAUCUGAACGACUUUGUCUUUGACUUUUAUCUGAAUGGAAUUGUGAUGGCUAGACGUGUCAGAGCUUCUCCAAAACAGCUCUGGUAGAGCCUUCCUGGUAUGCAGUGAAGGCACACAUCAGAGGCAGUAUGAUGCUCUGGGUCCUGGCAUUCAUGUGGAUGUACCACCUUCCUAAACAUUUUUGCAGACCAAAUACACCCCUUCAUGUCAACGGUAUUCCCUAAUAGCAGGAUAAUGCUGUCUGCCACACUGCAAAAAAAAUGUUCAAGAAUGGAUUAAGAAGCAUGAAAAAGAGUUCAAGGUUUUAACUUGGCCUCCAGAUUCCUAAAUGUCAUUCUGAUCAUGCAUCUGUGGGACAAACAAUGCUGAUCCAUGGAGGUGUCAUCUCACAACUUACAAGACUUCUGUAAGGAUCUGCUGUUAGUUAUUGGAAACCACAGCACACAUUCAGAGACCUUGUUGAGUCCGGGGCUGAUGGGUGUAUGUGGGAUCAUACACAAAAUGUGCAAAAUUUUACACAAGACUCAACUGUUUACGUAAAUUAUGGCAAAGGGGAAUAAAAAAAGUGUUUAAUAUUUGUGUCUUAAUUAACAAUGACAAUAAUACAGCAGAUCAUACACAAAUGCUAAAGUGUACAAUAUAAGUUAUAGAUAUUUGUCAUAAUAUUUGAUUUUUUUCACCUUAAGUUGGAAAAUGUUUUUCUUUGGUAUUUUAGGGGUUAAAUUAAAAUGCUAGAUAUGCUUUUUUGAUCCAAACACACAUUGUGGAUGAUCUUUUGGCUGAAGAGGAAGCAAACAGGCUAAUGGGGGCUCCCACAGGUCUUUGUUCUCCUGUCAAUCCGACCUUCAUUUGAAUAUUUAUGCUCCUUUGUUGAACUCUUAACCCCUCUGAUGGCAUUGCCUUGUGCACGUUAGAAAGACGCUUAAGGCAGCAUGCUGUACCCUCACCUUUUCCUACUAUUCAUCCCAAUGACGUCAUGCUGUGUUCAGCCCUCUGCAGGACUUUACAGAGGUUAUAAGGUCUCGCAAAUCACACCACGCCAUUUCUGCAAGCAAAGUAUGUACUGUACUUCAAUUCAUAAAACAGAUGGUCCUUAGAAUAGCACCGAGACCCAAGUGUUAGGAUGAAGAAUGAGACGUCCUUUAACAUCCGCCUUCCUUAAGAAUGAUGUUUAAGGUUAUAUAAAUAUAGAUACAAACAAGUAUGUAUAGAAAAGUCAAGAGAGUAACAGUGGUGUGCUUGAGUAAUAGCUUUUUUAUAGGGUGUGGUGCAUUUUAGGUGGUGUCCUGCUUUAGCAGAGUAAAAAUGCAAAUAAGUAAUGGUAUAGCAAAAUUCUUUCAAAUCUUUAAACUUCAAAUAGUGUCUAAAAAUCCUGGCAGCUCAAUAAUAAAGUGACUCUUUGCAUUUAUUUGACAAAAUUGUUGAUUUAGAUAAGGUGCCUCCAGAAAGUAUUCACACCCCAUGAUUAUUUCUCAUUUUUAUACUGUAAUGUAACAUCAAAUAUAUAUAUCAAGUAUAUUAGAAUCAAGUAUAUUAGAUACUUUUAUCUGUUCCAGACUUAAAGACCAGGAUUAAGUCCCGUUGGAACCUGUGGUAUGACCUGAAAAUUGCUGACCACCAACAUUCUCCAUCGUGCUGGAGGAAAUUUGCAUUAAGGAAUAGAAGAAACUGAGAGAAUCAAAAUGUGCAAAGCUCAGAUGCAAAUCCAAGACAAGUCAAAACUGUAAAUUCUCUAUAUUUCUAUAAAUGAACUAUAUGUUGACUGAGUGUGGUGUGAAUAUCUGUUAUCAGUAUAGAAGUGUUUACAUUUUAAAUCAUCGAGUCACUUCAAAAGGAGCAAAUAAAAACCCUCUUAUAUACUCACAUUGCUACACAGCAGAAAGAAAAUCAUUUGAGAGUCAACGCUUUCUGUAUGCUCAUAUUAUUGCCGCAUUGAAUUUUGGACUUUCAGGCUCAUAUUUUCUGGUGAGACACGAUUACGACACAUAUCAUGAUUUCUGAUUG